AGAGAAGAGAAGACGCCAUGGCAAUGGGAGAGGGAGGUGCUUUUUGCUGCCUUGAGUAGUUCUCUUCUCUUAUCUCUGCCGCUGCAAUAGCCCGGGUCGCUGAAAAGAUGAGAACUUUGCAGCAACAUCCCGGGGACCUUGCUCUCCUCUGCUGCUUCUUACUCCUCCCCCCGCUGCUGUCCCAUGGCGCGGACAUCCCGCUGGGGUCCACCCUCUCGCCGCGCAACUCGGCGUCGUGGUCGUCACCCAACAACACCUUCUCGAUCUUGUUCACGCCAUCCCCGACCGCCCCGUCGCACUUCGUCGCCGCCAUCACCUACGCCGGCGGCGUCCCCGUCUGGUCCGCGGGCGCCGGCGCCGCCAUUGACUCCAGGGGCUCGCUCCGCCUCACGUCCAACGGCGACCUCCAGCUCGUCAACGGAUCCGGGGCCGUGCUCUGGUCGUCCAACACCGGCGGCCAGGGCGUCGCCGCCGCGGCCGUCCAGGAGAGCGGCAACCUCGUGCUCAAGAACUCGACGGCCAUCCUAUGGCAGUCGUUCGACCACCCUACGGACACGGUGGUCAUGUCGCAGAACUUCACCUCGGGGAUGAACCUCACCUCCGGCCGCUACGUCUUCGCCGUCGACAAGAGCUCCGGCAACCUCACGCUCAGGUGGACCAGCAGCGCCAACACCGUCACCUACUUCAACGAGGGCUACUACACCACGCCCUCCACCCGGAGCAAGACGCUGAGCUCGCCGACGCUCACGAUGCAGACCAACGGCAUCGUGUCGCUGACCGACGGGCAGCUGGCGUCCCCGGUGGUGGUGGCGUACAGCAGCAACUACGGCGAGAGCGGCGACAUGAUGCGGUUCGUGCGGCUGGACGCGGACGGCAACUUCCGCGCCUACAGCGCGGCGCGCGGCAGCGGCGCGGCGACGGAGCAGUGGUCGGCGGUGGCGGACCAGUGCCAGGUGUUCGGCUACUGCGGCAACAUGGGCGUGUGCAGCUACAACGGCACGUCGCCGGUGUGCGGGUGCCCGUCGCGGAACUUCGAGCUGAGCAACCCCGUCAACCCCCGCGACGGCUGCAGGCGCACGGUCGACCUCCAGAGCUGCCCCGGCAACUCCACCAUGCUCCAGCUCGACCACACACAGUUCCUCACCUACCCGCCGGAGGCCAUCACCACCGAGACGUUCUUCGUCGGGAUCACCGCCUGCCGGCUCAAUUGUCUGGCCGGCCGGUCCUGCGUGGCGUCCACCGCGCUCUCCGACGGGUCGGGCCAAUGCUUCCUCAAGGUCUCCAACUUCGUGAGCGCUUACCAGUCGCCCGCGCUGCCGAGCACGUCCUUCGUCAAGGUGUGCUUCCCCGGGAUACCCAACCCGCCAUCGCCGCCGUCUCGCUGAGCUUCAAAUCCUGAAGAGAGCACCGAUAUAAAUAACGGGAGUGACUGAGCAUCGAUCUGCGUGUUUUAGGGCUCCCAACACAUAAUUUUCCAUCCGUCCAUCUUUGAGAUCUAUGGCUCAGAUUAGAUAUACCAUUGUACUAGAAUAACAUUCAGGUGUUAUAAGGUGUCACUGACACGGGCACCCUAUUUUUUACACUGUCAUUAAUUAAUAAAAAAUUUACACGUGACAUGUUACACGUAA